AUGUAAUAACAAAAAGUGAUCUUUGGAAACAAGUAGAGCGUAUACCUUUCCUAAGUCUGUUUUUAAGGCACAAAAUACAGAUUAUAUUCAACAUCUGAGUACAAUUAUGUAGUAAAGAUGUAUGACAAUGGAUAAGAGAAGGUAAUAACUUAAAUUAUGAAUUUUAAUUUAGUAUUUGAAUACUGAGUUACAAGCCGUUCAAAUUUUCAAAGAUUAUGGAAAUAUCAACAUUGCCAAAGCACUUGAAGGGGAUCUACAAUAAAAUAUUAAAGUAAUAGUUUUUGAAAAAGCUGAAGUCCUCCAAAAUAUUUUGAAGGAUUCAUAAAAAGGUUUAGAGGAACCUCAAGUCCUAAAAGUAAGCAGAAAAAUAAGUGUAGAUUUUAUUGGAUUUGAGCAAAGGAUUAAAAUAAUGUCAUAGCUUAGGCAUCACUCAUCGCGAUAUUAGACCUGAAAAUGUGUUGAUUGGAUUGGAUAAAUAAGCUAAAUUAUGGAAUUUUUAACGUUGCUUUUUUUAAGUAUGAAAUAAUGUAAUAGAGUAAUACGAUCAUUUGCCAAAUGAAUAUAUUCCUAAAAUUAAAGAAGAAAUUGAAGCCAACACUUUUGAGCAUGUCAGAGCUCCUGAGCAAAAGGAUUUUUCGCAAAGAUGGCCUAUAACUAAAAAGGUUGACAUUUAUGCUUUAGGAUAAUUAAUGUACUACAUUCUAUUUAAAGUACGCUAUGAUUAAAAUCCUAAUUGGGAAAAGAAGUAUCAAUUAUGUUAUAUAAGUCCGAAAUGGGGUCUCUAUAGUAAUAAAUUGUAAGAAUUAAUAAGGCUUCUAUUAAUUCCCAACCCAAAAGACAGAUUAAGUGCUGAAUAAAUUGAAGAAUAUAUUCAAACUUAUCUUAUAAACUAGAAGUACACAAAAUUUAAUAUGUAGUCCUGUGUCUUCUCAAAUUCAUAUUAGAAGCUUAUCAACAAAUGAAAAAAUGAAUAAAGAAAUACUUACAUAAAGAAAUGAAAAUUAUAAAAGCAAUUAAUUAGAGAUGAUUGAUUUUCAACAUCCAUCUUCGUCAUCUUUAUCUACAAAAUUUGUCAAAUUAGUUAGUAAAGUAGCCUAAAAGACAGAUUUUUGGGUGGCUGCAUGUUUGGAAGAAGUUGAUGCUGCUCCAAAUUAAAAAUAUUUUCGCUUUCUUCAUGUUAAAGCAUGGUAAAAGAAAGCCAAAAUCCCAAAAUUUUAUGAAAAGUUAUCAAACAGAUUAUAAUUAAAUUCUGUGAUAGUUACCUUUAAGGCCCUUUAAUUGCUACAUAAUUAUUUAAAGAAAGGACCAUAAGAAGCAUUAAUGGUUAAUAAUUAAAAUUCAACUCCCCUUUGUAUUUUAGAGAGGAUUAAAUUUUAUUAAGAAACAUCUAUGGCAAAACCUUCUAAAGAUAAAUUUAGAUCUCAAUUUUUUACUAAUUUGUUAUACAGCUAUUCUAUUAUAUUAAUAGAAAAGGUCAAAUUCCAUAAAUAUUACUUAAAAUAUUUUGAAGGUAAUUUUGCUAUGGUUCCCUUCUUUAAUAAUAUAAAUUCUAGGGAUAAAUUAAAAUUAAGCAUAGCAAUAUUAAAUAAUCUAAAUAAUUUGUGGAAAUAGUUUAAUACUUUCAUAAUUAGUUUCUAAUUCUAAAAAUCAUCUCUUUUUAAUUUAUAAUUAGGAUUUGCAAUUACUAUGGCAGAUGAAUUAUACAAUAUAUUAUGUACGUGCACUCACAUUUAUUAUGCUUUAAAAUAGAGUACAAAUUAUAUAAGUGGCGUGCCUCUAUAAAAUAAUGAAAUCAAAUAAGUAUUUCUACAAUUAGAAGAUGAUUACCAGAACAAUUUUUUUAAUACUACAUAAUUUUUUUAAUCUUGUAAAUAGAUUCCUUAAUUUUAUUAAAUUAUACCUGAUCCUCCAAGAAGUGUAAUUGAUACUUUAAAAAAAGUACCAUUUUUCUAGCCUAUUAAAGGAGAAUUCAAUAUUUAUGAUUAUUUAAGUUAUUCAAUGUCAAUCGACGGAAUUAAAAUACCUUAGAGUUAUGGGGAAAUAAUGAGUACUUAAGUAAUGGAAUAUGAUGAUGAAGUUGUAGAAUUGGAUCCAAGAAAUGAAAAGUUUGCAACAUAAUAUCCGAUUAAACCAGUUUUAUCAGUUUAACCAUAUAGUGAAAGGAUUAAUAAAUUUAGUUUUGAUGUAGAUGCUAUUGUAAAUAGUUCCUAUAAUAAUUCUAAUGUAAUAUAAUAAUAAUAACAAUAAUAAUAAUAAUAACAAUAAUAAUAAUAAUAACAAUAAUAAUAAUAAUAAUAAUAAUAAUAAUAAUAAUAAUAAUAAUAAUAAUAAUAAUAAUAAUAAUAAUAAUAAUAAUAAUAAUAAUAAUAAUAAUAAUAAGCACAAGAGGAGUUAUAAUUUUUUAAACAAUAACAAGAUAAUCUGUAAAAUCUAAAUAAAAAUCCAGAGUAGAAAAAGAAAUAGACUAAACAAUAAUCACAAGGCUCUUAUUAAGGAUUAGAUUUUUCAGAUGAUGAUGAAGAACAUCAAAAUGAUGAUGAGACAGAAUAAUUUCCAAAUAAACCAAAUGAACAAUUGUAAAAUAACAUAAGGGCGCCCUUAGCCAAUUAAAAUGUUAAAUUAACAAAGGAAUUAUUAAAUGAUGAUGAAUUUUUGAAUUGGGGGGGAAAAAAAAAUGGAGCAAAUAAAUAAAAUGGUAUACCUUAAAAUUAAAGAAUUUAAUCAGCAAAUUCUUAGCCAAUAAAAUACAAUUAUUUGGAUUAAUUUAAUUAGUUUAAUGAAAAGAGUAAAAAUAAUAAUAUUUCAUAAUAAAAAGUAGAUCUAAGUUAAUAAUUAUAGUAAUAGUAAUAAUAAUAAUAAUAAUAAUAAAAUAAUUUUUAAGUUGUAGAUUAUUUUUAAAAGUAGGGGAAAAGUAAAUAAAUUAUCAUCAUAUUUUAGACGUUUAAGAAUGGAUGAUUUCUCACGAACAACUAAAAUUAGAAAGAUUAAUUGGUACAGGAAGCAGUUGUGAAGUAUAUAAGGGAUAUUGGAAAGGAGGUGAAGUGGCUAUAAAGAAAAUGAAAAUAAAAUCUUUGAAUGAAAGUCAUUUAAAGGAAUUUAGAAGAGAGAUAUCUGCUUUUGUAACAAUUUAAAAGCAUAAUAAUUUGGUUUAAUUAAUGGGAAUAUCUUAAAAAGAUGAUGAAUUAUAUAUUGUAACAGAGUUUUGUGCAGGUGGAACAUUGUUCGAUUUAUUACAUCGAAAAAAACAUUUAGAUAUCUCUUGGCAGAAUAGAGUAAAAAUAGCAUGGUAAAUUGCAGAAGGAAUGUUACAUUUACAUAAAUUGAAUCCACCAUUGAUUCAUAGAGAUUUGAAAAGUUUAAAGUACUUGUUUCUUAUAAGAAAUAUUAGUUUAUUAUUAGAAUAGACAUUUGAUUAAUCAAAAGUGAAUAUAAAGAUAGCUGACUUUGGUCUUGCAAGAGUUUAGGCUGAUAAUGGUGAAAUAAUGACAGGGAUAUUGGGAACAUUUGUAAUAUAUAUUAUAUAAAUUAUAGCAUUGGAUGGCCCCUGAAGUAUUUUAGAAUGUACCUUAUACUAUAAAAGCAGAUGUUUAUUCUUAUGCAGUAUUUUAGUUUAUCUAAUUUUAGAUAGUUUUAUGGGAAAUAUGUUGCAGAGAAACGCCUUAUAAAUAAUUAUCUACAAAUCCUCCUGCAAUUAUGAAAUUAGUAACUGUUGAUCAUGGAAGACCAGAUUUAAACUUAAUUUAGUUAGGAUGCCCAUAAUUUUUAAAAGAUUUAAUGAUUAAAUGUUGGGAUCAAGAUCCAAAUAAAAGACCAUCGUUUUAAGAAAUAACAUAAUACUUGCGUGCAUAAUUAUGA